CAGUACCUUCGCGUCUGGCUAAAAGUGCGGUUAUCCUCGCGGCUCGUUAUCCUGGCCAUCCUUUCAACUCGUCCGUGAUUUCGCCCCGCGUGAUACGUGAAUUUCGGCGUAUUUCAAUUAACAAAAAAUGAUAGUUUGGCUCGGGUGUCGGCCCCAAAAAUUAAAUAUGCAAAUUGUUUGCGGAGUGUUCGUAGCCUGUAAUUGAACAAACUGUGAGUCCAAAUUGCGGAUCUAUCCAUGAAAAUUCAACGAGUUUCCGGUUCUGACCUAACUCAAGCGUUUACGCAUAAACCCCGCUUUCAGGAUUAUUUUUGCCUGCCGCAAAGUCCCAUCCUCGAAAAAGUGCGCUCUAUUUUAUUUGCUGGCUCCCUUAAAUGUUAAAUACACAUACACAGAGCAAAAGUAAUUAAAUUAAUUUCCGUGCUGGACAAAGAAUAACAAGGAAGUGUCUGUACAAAGUUCAGCAGUAAAAAUAAAAUAAAAUAAUAUGGAAACUGUGUGAGCAAUCUACGUAUGAAAAGCCAACGGCGGGAAAAGCGUCAGCUGCGGAAAAGUAAACAUAAAGUUUUGGAUUCUGUCAGUGGCUGUUUGCACAGCAUCCGGGACUUCAUAAUUUCAUCCGGUUGUAUUUAAGUUAUACUUACUCAAGGUGCCUCCACGAAACAGGAUAUUCGCAUGUCGGAGAUAUAGCCAAAAUUCGGUGCAAAAAAUGGGCCAAAUGUCAAUGAGUGACUGGGCGGUGGCAGCCGCCAGGAAAGCAAUUCACGUCCUCGCCGAAUGAUAAGCUAGCUGCUGGCCAAAAAACUGAAGAAGAGAUAGAACACAGAGAUCCUUAAAGCCAAGUCAAUGACCCUCGUCCGGUUAUCAACGACCAUAUGGCUGAUAUGGCUCCUGCCGGCGGCGGUCCUGCCCCUCCAAACAGAUGCCGCCCACGCCCAUGCCGUAUUUCCGCUGCCCGCCGUACCGCUUCCGUCGCCGCCCCCCUUCUCCCCCGGCCAGAAUCAGUUUGCGUUUAACGCCUUCGCCGGGCAGCAUGCCUCGGGGGGCGGUGGCCACGCCCCCGCCAGCUCGCCAGGAUGUGGGGGCAUGUUGAAGCAGCGACAUGGCAUCAUCCAGACACCCAAUUUCCCCCAUCGAUUCGGCACGCCCAUCGAAUGCGUCUGGAUCAUCGAUGCCUCCGAUAUGCCGCCCCAGGGCCAGGGAAACGUCUCCAUCGUGAUCUAUCUCACCCAGCUCUACGUGCUCAGUGGUCUGAAGUUCACGGAGUAUAUGUACUACUCGGAUGACUUCAAGGUGCCCGCCCAUCGGGUUUUCACGCUCACGGAGGACGAUGUCACCCAGGUCACGUGGGUGCAGUUCCACAGCCAGUACCUGGAGAUAAGGUUCACCAUGGCCACCUUGGAUGGAACCCAUCUGAGGGCCCUGGAUCGUCUGCUGGACGUCUAUGGGUUCAACAUCACCUACGAGGUGCAGAACGAGGUGAAGGCGGCCCAGUGCAACGCGCUGCAGUGCCGCUUCCUGGGCGACUGCUUCGCGAGCUCCGACUUCAGCUCCUACGGAUGCUCCUGUUUUCCGGGCUUCAGUGGCAGUGACUGUGGUCAUGGUCCACUGUGCAAGGACCUCCAUACCAACGUGUGCCAAAACGGCGGCACUUGCAAGCACAUCGGCGACGCCGCCAUAACUUGCCACUGUCCGAAGGGCUUCAAGGGGACCAGAUGCGAAAUACCCGAAAUAAACGAGACGACGCAGGGUUGCACCAGCAACACCAGCUCCAUCGAAUGCCACCAGGCCUGCGACUUUGACAAUUUCCGGAGUCCUGGUUCUGGUUCUGCUUCUGGUUCCUCCUCUGCUCAGAGUUAUUCCGUCUUUAAAAGCAACAGGAACACGGCUCGCAGUGGCAAAACUCGAUACGAGGUGACCAUGCGACUUGGUGCCAAUCUCACGGGAUACUAUCGACAUGCCGACCGGGAACAGUUGUCGGGCGUUAUGGAGAGACAGCUCGGUCGUGUUUUGCGGAACUUCAACAUCACCAAGAUAAGCGAUCUGGAACUGAUAUCAAACUCCACCGAUCGCCUGGACAUAACCUUUCACUUCUUUGGGGUGAAAGGGGACUCUCAAAGGAUUCGGGACGCCAUCACCAGGAUGGUGGAGCGCGGGAGAAUUGGCAACUUCACCCUGGUGGCCAAUUUCCAUCACUUCGAUGAGAACCCACCGCUGGGUUUGCUGGAGCUGACCGUCAAUCAACCGCAAUCAGGAGUCCGCGAGGCCAGCGAGUUCAUCAUAUCCUGCACCGCCCAGGGCUCAUCCCGGAUGCAGUUCCAGUGGUUCAAGGAUGGGGCCGUGGUAAAUGCCACCAGGGCGACGAGGGAAAUCUGGACCACGGUCCUGCCGCCCGAAACCAAAGAUGUCUACACCGCCAUCCUGGGCGUGACCAAGGCGAGUCGGAUCGACGAGGGCGUCUACAGCUGCAAGGUCACCGACUGGGGCGUGGAGCAGUGCCGCUCCCUGCACAUCCACAUCAAGUCCCCGCCCCGUCUGCGCGUGGAUCCGGCGAGUGUGACCCUGCAGCGCGGGGAUUCCCUGCGUGUGAGAUGUCUAUCCCCCGGAAACGAUGACAUCAAGCGGUACGCACAGCUGGGCUACAGUUGGACCCGCAACGGGGUGCUCUUCCAGUCGGAUGCGGCCACCGCGAUGUGGGAGGACCUCUAUCCCGACGGCAGCAUCCUGAAGAUCAACAACAUCCAGAAGUCGGCGGAGUACGCCUGCCUGGUGUCCAACAGCGUGCGGCCGGUGUCCCGCAGUGUCUACAUCAAUGUCAUCGAGCGGAAUGCGGUGCACGUGUGUCCAACGGAGUCCACCUACGGAGUCCAUUGGCCCACCAGUGCCCCUGGAGCGCCCAUCAUCACCGACUGUCCGCGUGGGUUCGAGGGUCACCUGCGCCGCAUCUGCGAGCAGCGGGACACGGGCAACUCCACCUGGCUGCUGCCCGACUUCUCCGGCUGCGUGAGGGACGAGCUGCUGCUCAUCUACAACCGCUUCCUGGCCCUCAGCGCCGGCUUCCAGCAGACGAACUCCUCCAACAUCCUGAAGGCCUGUUUCGACUUCACCCUGCAGAGGCGGCACAGCUUCCUGCCGGGAGAGGCCAGCUUCCUCAUCGACAUGCUGCACGAGCUCGACACCUACCUGCAAUUGAAAGGCACACAACUGGAGCGUGAGAUGGCCGCGGAGAUAAUACUGCGCAUCCUGGAUAAAGUCAUGCAGAAUGCCCAAUCCUUGAACAGUCAACAGCAAAUUAAAAAGCUGCAGCAGCUGACGCAAUCGGCGGCGCUGAACCGCGAGACCAUCGCGGCCUCCCAGCUGGCCACCUCGACCAGUGGGAGCAGCCAGGGCCAGCCGGCGGCGGGUGACGAUGGCAGCGGGUCAGGGGUCACGGCAGGUGAGAUUUCCGCGGCACCGGCGGGCAGCCUGCAGGCAACACGAGCCGGCAGCGGAGGAGGAGGCACUGCAGCAGGAUCGGGAGCGGGAGCGGGAGCAGGUGCCUCCAGCAUCCUGACUGUCGAUGAGGACACCCUCUCGCUGGACCGACUGAAUUCGCUGCGCAUUUACAUGACAUCGGUGAAAACGCUGCCGUUUAAUUUACGCAUUUACGGAGAGGAUUUGUUUUCGGACCAGCUGUAUAUGGACAUUGGACUCUCAGCCCGUUUGCUGCACAUCAUGGCCAACUCGACGAUUUUCGCCUCGGUCAUCUCGUACAAGAAUCUCAAAAGUUUUUUACCCAAGACCUACUACACGCGCGGCAGCGAUCCCAGGGACUCGGACUAUGUGCUGGCCUCUCGGAUCAUCCAAACCUGGCUGUUCCAGUCGAAUCGCUCCAACGACAACUUCCGCGAGCCCCUGGACCUGCCCUUCGAGGCUGGUCAUGUGGAGAUAAUCUUCCAGCACGAGAGCGUUCCCAAAUCGGGUGAUUGGGUGGCCGUUUGUGGCCACGACUACAAGGCCUCCUUCGACUCCACCUGGCGGUCGGACCUGUGCAUCACCAAGCACCUGAUGGCCAACAUAACGCGCUGCAUCUGCCCGCUGUCUGGAACCUACGUGGUCAUGCUCACCAAGCGCCAGCCGAAUGCCACCCCGUCCCAGGUCCCGCAGCGCCCCCUCUUCGUGAUCGCCAGCUGCGCCUGCUGCCUCCUCCAGUGCGGAUCCGCCCUCCUCAUCCUGGCGCCCAUCUGGUGCAAUCGCAAGUGCGCCGUCACGUUCCUCAAGAUGCAGUUCUGCGUGUCCACGUCCAGUGUGAUGCUCAUCUACUUGCUGGGAUUCAUGAAAAUGCUGCCCGUGAGCUGGCACGGCAUCAUUAGCAGCUCGCUGGCCUCGCUGUUGUUGCUGGGCAUCUCGACCCUGAUUGCGAUUGCCCUGGCCAUCCACACGGAGCUGAUGCCGCAGAAGUAUCUGCAGAUUGGCAGCAAGCCGGGCACGCCGACUAAGAGGCGCCUGGAGCGGGAACGGGAGCGGGAUCUGGAGAGUUUGAGCAACAUCACGCAGAUCCGGGCUCAGUCGCCCCUAGGCGCCUCCUCCUCCUCCUCCUCCAAUCCCGGCCAGCGUCGCCUGCCACCCACUAUAUCAUCGGCGGCAGGAAUGCGUGGCGCCAUUGGCAUCAGUUGGCUGCUGCCGCUUCUCUUCGCCGUGGCCGGCCCACUAAUCUGCAGCAUCAUUGGCCAGUGGCCACGACACUGGUGGCUGGAGGUCCUGCGGACAGGAUCUCCGUUCCCGGAAGCAGCUAACGCGGGGAAAGAGGACUCCUCCUAUUCCUCCCACUCCCUGCUCAAUGGCGAUAAUUUACUCCUCGAGUCAGAGGCUUUGAUGGGAAAUGGCACUAGCAGCCCGCCAACAGAGACUUCAUCAUCUGCACUGGAUGAUGAGGUGGCCACCACGUCAACGUCAUCAAUCACAGGCCUGGGAACUGAAAGUAGCAGUGGCUUCACCACCACCUCCACCGUCACUUCCGUUUCCGCCCUGGCUGCGCCUCUCACUUCCGGUCUGAGCGAAGCCUCGCCCUCUUUGAGCUUCAUCCUAUUCAUCUGCAUCGAUUUGCUCUUCAUACUGCUCUUCUCGGCCCUGUUUGCCAUUUUAAUGAAGAAACUUUUGUGGUUGUGGCACAAGAAUCGCAAUGUGCAUACGCAUCCGUUGGAUAAAUUCAAUCUGGCUUUGCAAAGGCGAUUCGGAUUACUCUACCGGGCGGGCGGACUGCUCUUGGCCAAAAUCAGCAGCGAUGGACUCUUCAUCGUUUAUGUUAAUUCCUCACCGGAAACGGAUACACUGUGGGCAUAUCCGUUCGGCAUAUCGUGCAUAUUAUUGGGCUCGGCCAUCCUCAUCUGUUUCGUCAUCAGGGCCGAGAGCCAGCUGCGAGGACCCCCCUUCCUGGGCAGCAACGGGAGCAGCCAGAACAGCUCCCUCAAGCAGGCCAAAUUCAAUACCAGCCGGAGCAGCCUGGACGAGAACUAUUGCACCACCGCCACCACGACGACGACGGCCAAUGUGAAUAGUCCGCUGAGCUUCUACACCAACCAUGACAAGGAGAAGGAGAACGACUGCGCCGUGUCCUUGUCAAUGUCCAAUGCAGGCGUGUCCUCCGCAGCAGGCGGAUCCCUGGCCACGUCAGCCGGCCCAGGAGCCCCGCCCCUACAAUCGAAGGUGGGCCUGGAGCUGUCCGGAGCACCGGGCUCCGUGUCCGGAUCUGGGGUGGCCCUGCCGCUGACAAUCAUCUCGACGGCGCCGCGCUGCCAGGCGGGAAAGGAUGGAGCGGCGGAGUCCUUCCUGGGCGACCGCCAGACCCUCUCGGUGGCCCCCUCCCCGGACACCCGUUGCUGUGCCAUCCUGGGCGGUGGAACUGCCUACGAUGCGUACACCAUGGGCAUGGGCAUGGGCGUAGGAGGGGGCAUGGGCAUGGGCAUGGGCAUGGGCGUGGGCGGACUCACAGGAAGCCUGGGGAGGCGCACGUUGCACCACCAGCCGACGCAUUAUCGCCCAGGACCCUGCGGCGAGUUCGUGGGCGUGGAGACGCUCGAUAUCCUGCAGGGCGUGGCAGCCGACAGCAUAAUUGGCAUUCACACCAGUGCCAUAAUGCCCAAUGCCACCAGCACUUCUCAUUAUGUUCCGCUGCAGCAUAAUCCCUACGUGGACUUUGUGCCCAGCUCCCUAAUCCUGAGCAUGGCGCCACCUCCGACCAUCAGCGGAAACCUGAGUGGAGCUGGGAUUCCGGCGAUUCCAGCGAUGUCCCUGCCCACCCAGACGCCCAAGACGCAGAAGCGAGUGACCAUCCUGGAGCCCACGUCCCGCACGACCUUUGACCCCCUGCUGCCCACCAUGGUCUCCAUGGCCGUGGUCACCACCUCCAGCGUCACCAGCACGGCGACCACGACCCCAGCCACGCCCACUUCCACACAGAGUGGCUGUGGGGCCAAUGAUGCCACUCUGGAUCGCAUCACCCUCGAUCUGGAUUACCUGCUGAACAGGGGUGCUGUGGAUGCCACAGAUGGAGGUAAUGGUCCACCACCACUCGCCAGUGAAGAUAGCCAGCAAAAACAAUAGCAAUAUCCGUAAGUUGGCUGCCACUAAGAUGCAUUUAAGAGGCUUCGUUUUUCUAUCGAAACAUGUAAAUAUAUGUAAAUCAAACUUCACCAACUAAACUACAGUAGAAAUCUCUGUGAAUAUUCAUCAGAUAUGUAUGCUUAAUAUGGAUAACAAUCGGUUGAAGACCUGGUUAUUUCCCAAAAAACUUUAUCAAAUGAGCCCAUCCAGUCUUAGUUUCCAUUGUCAACCCAUGAAAUGUUCAAAGUUAAUGUCUUUUAAAGUGAUUUUCGGACAUCAAUCAUACCUAGUCUCAUAUUUAGCAUAAAAAUUAAUAUUUACGUCAUUGCAUAUGUAAAACAAAUUGAAAGAAUUUAAACUAAUGAUAACUUUUUAGCUAGAUUUACAAAAAGCCUAUUGAACAGAACACAAUGAAAACGAAAAAUUGAAGAGCGAGAACACAUUAGGGUGUGAACAUGUUUUUGAUUCCAUUUAAAGUUUCCUAGAAUUAAAGCAAAAUUAAGCCCCCAAGUUAAGAGACAAGGAUAAAAAACCUACAAAAUACAAUAAUUGUAAAACUAAUAAACAUAACAGGACUAUUUCUGGAACAAAACAAAUUAUACAGAUAUAUCUUUAAAUAAACUCAAGACUCUUGUUAGAAAAUCUAUGAAA